AUGCGUCUGUCCGUCCUGCUCUCUAUUCUGCCCCUGGCCGCGGCCGUCCCGACGGCCAAGCGAUCCGAGCCCGCUCCUCUCCUGAUUCCUCGCGGCGUCGGCGCUAAUAGCCUGAUCGCCGGCGAGUAUCUCGUCAAGUUCAAGGAGGGCAGUGCGCUCGCCGCCGUCGAGGAGGCCAUGAAGCAGCUGCCCAACGGGUCCGGUGAGAUCUUCAGCGAGGUCUUCAAGGGUUUCUCCGGCCAGUUUGACGAUGCUACCCUCAGCCUCCUCCGCGAUCACCCGGAUAACCACCUUAUGACGGCCUUUUCUGGCAUUAGCCAGAACCCGUCUGCUUGGGGUCUCUCUCGCAUCUCCCACAAGGACCCUGGCACGAGCGACUACCUUUACGAUUCCUCUGCUGGAGCUGGAACUUGCUCCUACGUUGUUGACAGUGGCAUUGACGCCUCACACUCUGACUUUGACGGCCGUGCCGAGCUAAUCAAGACCUUCUUCGGCCCGAACAAGGACAACUGCGGCCACGGCACCCACGUGGCCGGCAUCAUCGGCAGCACCACCUACGGCGUGGCCAAGAAGACCAGCCUGUACGGCAUCAAAGUUCUCAGCUACGAUCCCGUCUUGAAACAAUGCUCGGGCUCCAACGACGGCAUCAUCCACGGUCUCGAGUACGUGGCGCGGGACGCCGCGAACCGCAGUUGCCCCAACGGCGUCGUCGUCAACAUGAGCCUGGGCGGCGGCUUUACGCAGAUGCUCAACGAUGCCGUCGCCGCCCUCGUCAGCAGGGGCUACUUUGUCGGCGUCGCGGCCGGCAAUGGCGACGAGCACAACAACCCGAUUGACGCCGGCGACGUGUCGCCCGCCUCGGAGCCGUCGGCCUGCACCGUCGGCGCGAGCGACGCCAACGACGAAGUGGCCACAUUCUCCAACUACGGCGACGUGGUCGACCUCCACGCCCCCGGCGUCUCCAUCGUCAGCCUGCGCGCCGGCGGGGGCACCAUCUCCAUGGACGGCACCUCCAUGGCCACGCCGCACAUUGUCGGCCUUGCCGCCUACUUCAUGGGUCAGGGCAAGUCGGCCGAUGGCUUGUGCGAGUACCUUCAGAGCAUCGCCAUCAAGGACGCCAUCUGGGGCGUGCACUAUGGCACCAAGAACCUGCUUGCUCAGAACGAUAUGGCACAGUGA